CUUUUUUGCUGCCCAAAAGCGCUGACUGGUCCCAAGCCCCGAGACACAGAGGAGAUCAGCCCCUCCAACGACAACAGCAGCUGUCAAAGCAAACAGCAGGCUAGGAUUUAAGUUUGCCUCCAAUAUGGAAGACACUGACUGGGAGACUUAUGACUUGGAAGAUUUCUUCAGUGAAAAUUACAGUUACAGCACAGAACUGCCCUUUAUUCCAGCAGACUCUGCCCCAUGCAGGCCAGAAUCCCUGGAAAUCAACAAGUAUGCAGUGGUGGUCAUCUAUGCCCUGAUCUUCAUGCUGAAUCUGCUGGGAAACUCCCUAGUGAUAGUGGUUGUCUUAUAUAGUCGGAUCAGCCAGUCUGUCACUGACGUCUACCUGCUGAACCUGGCCAUAGCCGACCUGCUCUUCGCCCUGACCUUGCCUCUCUGGGCUGCCUCCAAGGCAAAGGGCUGGAUCUUUGGCACACCCCUGUGCAAGGUGGUCUCGCUCCUGAAGGAAGUCAACUUCUACAGUGGUAUUUUACUACUGGCCUGCAUCAGCGUGGACCGCUACCUGGCCAUUGUCCAUGCCACACGCACGCUGACCCAGAAGCGGCACUGGGUCAAGUUCAUAUGCUUAGGCAUCUGGGCCCUGUCCCUGAUCCUGUCCCUACCCAUCUUCAUCUUCCGCAGGGCCAUCAAUCCCCCCUACUCCAGCCCAGUCUGCUACGAGGACAUGGGUGCCAAUACGACAAAACUGCGGAUAGUGAUGCGGGCCCUGCCCCAGACCUUUGGCUUCCUCCUGCCGCUCGUGGUCAUGCUGUUCUGCUAUGGGCUCACCCUGCGCACCCUGUUUGAGGCCCACAUGGGGCAGAAGCACCGGGCCAUGCGGGUCAUCUUCGCUGUCGUGCUUGUCUUCCUGCUCUGUUGGCUGCCCUACAACCUGGUCCUGGUCGCAGACACCCUCAUGAGGCUCCGGGUGAUCAAGGAGACUUGUGAGCGCCGCAAUGACAUUGGCCGGGCCCUGGAUGCCACCGAGAUUCUGGGCUUCCUCCACAGCUGCCUCAAUCCCUUCAUCUACGCCUUCAUUGGCCAGAAGUUUCGCCAUGGACUCCUCAAGAUCAUGGCCUUCCAUGGGCUCAUCAGCAAGGAGUACUUGUCCAAGGACGGCAGGCCUUCCUUUGUGGGCUCUUCUUCAGCAAACACUUCUACUACCUUCUAAGCGCCCCCGGCCCUGUUGCAGCCCCUCGGGGCUCCUCCCUCACCAUCAGCAUCGCGUUCCGAGCCUCAUGUCCACUGGCUGUUCACAGUCUCUGUGUCAAGGCAGCCCCCGGGUGUGGUUACAGGAAGUUACUGGGGCCACGUCCUUUUCAGGCCCUUUGUACAGUUUAGAAAGCCUGCCCUGGUUCCCCAGCCCUGACUAUACUUACUCUGUCAGCUGCUAGAGCUCAGUCCAUCCUACCACUGAGCCCACAGCACUCUGUUCUCUGAGGCAGUUAAAGACACUUCAAAGGCAUUCCUUCAAGUGACUACAGAAAGUUCCUACCAUGGGGAGGCAUCAGUGGUGAACGGCAUUAGCUGCUGCCCCGACUGUCCCUUUCUUGCUUGCCAGCAAAGCCCACCUCCCUUGAGAGAGGCUGAGAAGGACAGAUACUCACUUUCGAAGACUCCCUUGGCUAGGAGUGGCCCUGCCAUUCACUUUGGACUAAUUAGAUUUCAGGGCAAUGGUGUGCUGGUAAACCACUCUCCUGGGGGAAAGAAGUCCUGAUUUGUAGCAUUUACCGAGUUGCCUGGUGUAAAUGCUCCCGCCAUGGCGAUUUCAAGGGUUUUCAAGUAAUGUAAUGAGCCGCUUUCACAAGCAGGUACAAACUGGCCCUAGUGCACCAUUGCUUAAGAGGAAGUCUGCUGGGUCCAGGGACUCCUGGGAAGUAGUCCUGAUUGAAAAAAGAGAGAAAGACACACACACACCCUUGGUUCUCACCUUUGAAUAUGGCUGUAGGAUAUGAUGUGACAAAGAGGCAAAAAGUGUGCUCAACACACUUAGGCAGAUGGAGCAGAUGAGAAUAAAGAGCCCAGAAAGAA